AUGUCCCCAUUAGCUUUCGACAGGCUCUCUCAGAUCUCCGGCCAGAUCACCGGCAAGACCAACCCCAGCGGUCGCGAAAAGAUCCUCCAGAAGAACCCUGACGAUGUCGUCGUCACUGCUUGCUGCAGAACCGCCUUCACCAAGGGUGGCAAGGGUGGCUUCAAGGACACCGCCGCCGCCGACCUCGUCGUCGGUGUGCUUUCCGCCAUCAUUGAGCGCUCCGGAAUCAACCCCAGCUACGUUGAGGAUAUUUGCGUAGGAACCGUACUUGCCCCCGGUGGCGGUGCCACCGAGAUGCGCGCGGCCAGCUUGGCUGCCGGUUUCACCGAGAGCACCGCGGUGCGCUCCCUCAACCGUCAGUGCUCGUCUGGUCUCCAGGCCUGCGUCGACAUUGCCAACCAGAUCAAGGCGGGCAUGAUUGAUAUCGGUAUCGGUGCAGGUGUCGAGAGCAUGAGCACUCAUCCCCAGGCAGUUACCGAGUUCUCCGAGCUCCUCGAGGGCCACGCCGAGGCUGCCAGCUGCAAGGUUCCCAUGGGUGUCCUCUCCGAGAACAUGGCCAAGGACCUUGGCAUCACCCGCGCUUCUCAGGAUGAGUUCGCGGCCAACUCCUACAAGAAGGCCCUCCAGGCCCAGGAGCAGGGUCUCUUCAACGACGAGAUCGAGAUUGUCGUCAGCAAGGAUGACGGUAUCCGAGGUGGCGUCACCGCCGAGUCCCUCGGCAAGGUCAAGGCUGCCUUCUCCAAGGACGGCAGCAUCCACGCCGGUAACGCUUCCCAGAUCUCGGACGGUGCCGCGGCCGUCCUGCUCAUGAAGCGAUCGACGGCCGAGAAGCUCGGCCAGCCCAUCAUCGGCAAGUACGUCGCCGCCUCCAUUGUCGGCGUCAAGCCCCUUCUCAUGGGCCAGGGCCCCUGGAAGGCCAUCCCCAAGGCGCUCGAGCUCGCCAACAUUGGCCGCGACGACGUCGACAUCUACGAGAUCAACGAGGCCUUUGCCAGCCAGUGCCUCUGGUGCGCCAACGAGCUCGGCAUCCCUGCCGAGAAGAUCAACCCCAAGGGUGGCGCCAUUGCCUUUGGCCACCCUCUCGGCUGCACCGGCGCUAGGCAGGUCUCCACCCUGCUCUACGAGCUCAAGAGGACGGGGAAGAAGGUUGGCAACACCUCCAUGUGCAUUGGCACGGGUAUGGGCAUGAGCGCCGUCUGGGUUGCCGAGUAA